AUGAAGUGGAUGUUCAAGGAGAAUCACGUGCCUGAGCACUGCUUUGUGGAGUCCACCAAAGUCCAAACCAAGUAUCCCAACCAUGUCCCAGUGAUUGCUGAAAAGGUCUGUGGCUUUCAGACUGUUGACAAGAGGAAGUACUUGGUGCCAUCUGACAUCACUAUGGCCUAUUUCAUGUGGAUUAUCAAGAAAAGGAUUCAGGAGAAGCCCAUAUUCCUCUUUGUAGAUAAGACUGUCCCACAGUCCAGUCUGACCACGGGGCAGCUAUACAAGAAGGAGAAGAAUGAGGAUGGAUUCUUGUAUGUAGCCAAGAACAUGUUUGCCAUCUGA